AUGGGCGCGGAGGAGCCCCCGGUGCCGGUCCCGGUGUUGUCCCCGCUCCCGCUGCUGCUGGCGGCCGCCACCGCCGCCCUCCUCGGCUACUACUGGGCGCGGGUGCCGCGGCGGCCGCUGCUCGCCGCCGGCCCGCGGCUCCGCGCCUUCCUGGAGCAGCGCUGCCCCGCCGUGGGCGAGACCUUCUACCCCACGCCCUGGUGCUUCGAGGGCCGCCUGCAGACCGUGCUGGGGGCCCUGCUCUGGGCCCGUCCGCCCGUCUCCUACCGCAGCGAGGCCAUCCGCGCCCCCGACGGCGGGCAGCUCAUCCUUGACUGGGCCGAGGAUGCCGACAGCAACUGGCACCCAGACCCCCGCGCCUGCCCCACUGUCCUGCUGAUCCCGGGCCUCACCGGCAGUAGCCAGGCCGCUUACCUGCUCCGCCUGGUGCACCGGGCCAGCCGCGCCGGUUACAGGUCCGUCGUGCUCAACCACCGGGGCUGCUGGGGCGAGGAGCUGCUGGGGGGUGAGGACCGCACCCCCCGGACCUUCUGUGCCAGCAACACCGAGGACCUGGAGAUGGCCAUAGCCCACAUCAAGCGCCGGUACCCACAGGCCCCGCUGCUGGCCGUGGGUGUCUCCCUGGGCGGGAUGCAGGUGCUGAACUACCUGGGGCGGCGGGGGUGGGCGGCAGGGCUGGCAGCGGCCAUGGCUCUCUGCCCCAGCUGGGACCCCGACGCCUCGGCCGCCUCACUGGAGCAGCCCCUCAACGACCUGCUCUUCAACCAGCGCCUCGCCGCCAGCCUGCGCUGCCUCAUCAGCAGGCACAGGGCAGCGAUCGGAGAGAAGGUGGACGUGGAGCACGUGCUGCAGGCACGCACCAUCCGGGAGUUCGACGAGCGCUACACGGCCCAGGCCUUCGGCUACCGCUCCUGCCGUGAGUACUACCAGGCGGCCAGCCCUGUGCGCUGGCUGCACCGUGUCCGUGUGCCCGUGCUCUGCCUCAACGCCUCCGACGACCCCUUCUCCCCCCUGCAUGCCAUCCCCGUGGAAGCCGCCAGGCACCUGCCCCACGUGGCGCUGUUGGUGACAGCCCAUGGGGGCCACCUCGGCUUCCUGGAGGGGCUCUGCCCCCGCCCUGGCAGCUACAUGGAGCGGCUCUUCGCCCAGUUCAUCAGCGCUGUCUUCGAGCACAGGGAGGAGCUGCAGUAG